AUGUUGGCGAAAUUCUUCUGUGAAACGACAGUGACAUCUGCUCCGAUCUUGAAAGACCCCAGCAAGCCCAAGGCCAAAGGAAACUUCUGGACCGUCGAUGUGGACCUCAUCCCCCCAGAAGCCCUGAAGCUGCAGAACACAGCCGUCUCCCGCCAAGAGGAGAGAACCUUCGCGGUGGACCUGGCUCCAUUCGUCUACCAUGGCUGGGCUUUCCAAGCCCCCCAGCCUGCCCUCAAUGGGGCUGACCCGGAGGCGAGUGGGUUCCCAAGCAGCGAAGGGGGCCGCCAGAGCAGCCCCUUCAGCAUCGAUGCCUUGCUCCAUGACUUCCAGGGUGUGGGUCUCUCAGGGAAAGCAAGGACCGAGAGCCCCGCAGCAGCCUCCAAAGUCUGGGGCACCGUCCCCAUCUUCCGGGUCUCCUCGGGUGCCCCCCUCCUCCCCUGGCGGGCCCCAGGCCCUCUGCCCAUGCUCCGCUCCCUCUCGUCCUCCAGCAGCCCUGCCUCCCUCAGCUCCUUAUCCCCCAACGAAGAGCCCAAAAUGGCGGCCAGCGCCUCGAUUUUGGCCAAGCGCCCCAGAAUCCUCCAGCCGCCCCCCGAGACCAGCGAUUCUGACUCCAGGGAGGGCACUCCGCCCCCUGCUGCCCCAUUCUGGGAGCAGCUCCCUACUUCCUACACCCCCUGUCUGGCUCCCAAUGUGGUGGUGGCGGCACCUCAAAGCCACGGGCUGUUCUUCCCCCCCAACCCAGCCCUCCCCCCUUAUGGCCCCAUGCCUUUCCCACACCCAGCCUACUGGGAGCUGAUGUCCCGGUCCUCCCUGAGCCCAGGUUCCUCCUCCAGGGUGGACUUGGGCCUAGAAGAAGCCAUGCCUCCCAACAAGACCGUCUUUGACGUCUGGAUGAGCCAUCCCAUGGACAUCGUCCACCCGGCCUUUCCCCAGAGGAGCCCUUCCCCCCAGAGCUCAGUCGUGACCCACUACAACCCCUCCUGA